AUGUCGUUCUCGAAAAUGAUGAAUCCGUAUCACUUGACCACUUUCAAUUUCGCUCACGUUCAAUGUGCAUUGGAAAAUCCCAUCCUUGUUCCAUUUCUAAUGAGUAAAGGACUGGAUCAAUUAAUUUUCAAUCACUCUUUAUUAUACCAUCGGAUGGUUGUGGAUGUUAAGCCAUGGACUGGAUUUCAUCAAAAGCGAACCAUGAAAGAGUUGAUUGAAAAUGAAAUCAGGGAGAAGGGAAUUUGGCAUCUAUUGAAAGGAGGUACUGCAUCUCAAGCUCGAAUGUUUUCAUCACUCAUGUCCUUGUUGUUAGGCCUUGUUACCUUUCCGGUGAGCCAUCUGGCCAUUUAUCCCUUGUUUGAAAGAGCAGUAACGUAUCCCUUGGAAACGCUUUGCUUGUCUCAUCUGAGGAGAAAAGCAUCACGAUCAUUGGUGGCCAAAAUUAAAAAACUCCCCAAGUUAUUAGGAAUUUAUCAAACUUCUGAAAAACCUCUCCCCAUAAAAGAUCAACUCAUGCAAAUAGUGAACAAUCUAAGUAGAAAAGUUGAAAAAACAGUGAACGAAUUGGAUGAAUUAAGGAACAGGUAUGGUGUCUUGAAUGGUUGGUAUCGAGGAUUUUUUGAUGCCUACCUGGUUGAAUUCCUUGCAUCUUGGGCUUGUAAAAUUGGAAUUUCAUGGUGUGUGAAUAACGUGUGGAGUGGAAUAUUUGGUAAAAACUCACAGCUUGGAAAAGAGGUGCUCAUUAUUUCUCUAACUCAUACCCUAGUCACUCCAAUAAGAUUUGCGAGAAUGCGUUAUCAAUCGGAUGUGCACCAUGAAUAUCCAAGUUUUUGGCAAUGCCUGCAAAUGAUUUAUAGGCUUGAAGGAGGAUGGAAAGCGUUCUAUAGAGGCACGGUUCUUGGUGAUGUUUUGGUGGAAAUUGGAAAAUAA